AUGGCGGUUUCGAAUUCUUUAACAAUCUCUCCAAGAAAACUCCGGUCCGAUCUUUACUCUUACUCCUACCAAGACAAUUCCGAGACACCUCUGGUUAUCUCUGUUUUAUCGUCACUGAUCGAUCGAACACUCACUCGGAACCAGAGGAUUAACCGGAGAGCGUCUCCGGCGUCGUAUUCCUCCGGUGGUAGUGGCAAGACUCAGAUCUUUGAUUGCCGUGAAAUUCCCGAUAUGACCAUCCAAUCGUACUUAGAGAGAAUUUUCCGGUACACUAAAGCCGGUCCUUCGGUUUACGUGGUGGCUUAUGUCUACAUUGACCGGUUCUGUCAAACCAAUCCCGGUUUUAGAAUUAGUUACACCAAUGUACAUCGCCUCCUCAUCACAACCAUCAUGAUCGCUUCUAAAUACGUCGAAGAUUUGAAUUAUAGGAACUCGUAUUUCGCGAAAGUAGGAGGAUUAGAGACAGAGGAUUUGAACAGAUUGGAGUUAGAAUUUCUGUUCUUGAUGGGAUUCAAAUUACAUGUAAAUGUGAGUGUAUAUGAGAGUUAUUGUUGUCAUCUUGAAAGAGAGGUUAGCUUUGGAGGAGGUUAUCAAAUCGAAAAAGCAUUACGUUGCGCCGAAGAAAUCAAAUCUAGACAAAUGAUCGUUCAAGAUCCUAAACAUCAUCAUCAUCAGUUUGCUCGAAUCUUGUUGUAG